AUGGAGAAUAUGACCCGAACUCGUGGUGAUACCAUCGAAUUGGUAUGCGAAUUUAGUGGCGAUGGCGAAGUAAAGACAAAAUGGUUACAUCUUGGUCAGCAGUGGUCUGUCCGGCGAACGAAUGGAGAAAAACGGAUUUCUGACUUUAAUUCCAGUUCACAGAAUGCGAUAGGCAGCAGUAUUUCUGAUGGCUCCACUAAUAACGAAGAUAGUCGCAUAACCGUGCGAGAAACAGACGGUGUUGUCACACUGACAGUAUCAGCAAUUGAUGAGGACGAUGCUGGUCAGUACCAAUGCGUGGCUGAAAAUGAGGCUGGUUUUGAUCAGGAUUCCAUAUUUCUUUCUAUUAUUCUUAUCCGCAAAUUUCACAUUACAUCUCGUUCUCUGGAAAAUUCCUAUGGCCAUGAGUAA